CUUAUUUUAUUAACUAUUUAAUCGAAGAGUGCAACGUAAGUUACCGUCAGUCCGUAUUUCAAUAUGUCCGUAAGCAGUAUAUGCAAGUUGGAAGCUUUUUGAUUCUUAUUCACAUGUGUAUGUAUGUAUGUUGGUAUACAUGCUCGUUUUAACGUAAUAACUGGGGCUAUAUGAAGAAAACGCGAUAAGUAAGGAAGAAGAAGAGAGAUAAUUGAUACCGCGGGUGUAUACAUACACAUGUAUAGUAAAAAAUGGUGUUCGUAGCGACUUUGGAUGUUGGCACCACAACUGUGCGCUGUUUUAUUUUCAAUGCGAAAUGCGAAGUUCUGGGCUCCUCAACUGAAAGGGUUGAUCUGCUAAAUCCCCAACCCGGUUACUUUGAAAUCGAACCGGAAUCUUUGUGGAGAAAAAUUGUGAAAGUAAUCAAUGCCGCAGUUGUGGAAGCACGAUUAAAGCCCACGGACAUAACCUCGUUCGGCUUAUCAACACAACGCUGUACAUUCCUUACCUGGAAUCAUGAGACUCAAGAAUAUUAUCACAACUUCAUUACAUGGAAGGAUUUGCGUGCGAAUGAGUUAGUGGAUCAGUGGAACGCUGGAAUGGCAAUCAAGUCGUUGAAUAUAGUUUCCUAUGGCCUUUACUUGCUAACGCGAAGUAAUCGAUUUUUAGCAGCGAGUGUUCUGAAAAUGAUGAAUGGACAGAUCACAUUAAGGUUACUGCAUUCCUUGGAAAAUAACCCAAGGCUGCGAGAAGCAUUGAAACGAAAGAAGGCACGUGUGGAACUACUGGAUUCCUGGAUACUCUACAAAUUGCGUUCUGGUAACGGUAUAGAUAAAAAUAUUGAUCAUAUCAGCGAUAUAACUUCAGCAACUGCCACAGGUUUAUUUGACCCAUUUACACUCAGCUGGUCGCCUCUGGGGAAGGUACUUUUUGGAAUAGAGCCUUGGUUACUGCCUAAAGUUGUAGAUAAUGGUUACAGAUACUUUGGACAUAUACAUCCAAAUGCUUUGGGACCGGAGUGGCAAAACACAUUCAUAUCUAUAGAAGCUGCUGUGAGUGAUCAAACCGCCGCCUUAUGGGGCUCACAAUGCUUUGAACGUGGUGAUGUAAAGAUAACGUUGGGCACUGGCGCAUUUCUCAAUCUCAACACCGGAAAUGAUUGUCAUGCAUCACUGAUGGGCAUGUACCCGUUGGUAGCAUGGCAAUUUAGGGACAUACAAGAGCGUGCCCAAACGGUUUAUUGUGUAGAAGGAGCAUCACAUGACAUGGGUACAGUGAUAGAAUGGGCACAGCAGUGCGGUUUCUUUACUAGUCCAAUGGAGACCUCAGCAAUCGCUGAGUCGGUGUCGGAUACGAAUGGGGUUUAUUUUAUACCUUCUUUCAGCGGUUUAGGCCCUCCAAUAAAUGAUCACAGAGCAGCAUCGGGUUUUAUUGGUAUUACACCUUCUACGACACGUGAACAUUUGGUGCGAGCCAUAUUGGAGAGCAUAGUCUUUCGAAUCGUUCAAUUAUGUGAAACAGUGGAAAAAGAGAGCAAAUACACUUUGAGGCUGCUUAGAGUUGAUGGCGGUGUCUCACAUAACGACUUUGUUUGCCAACUUUUAGCUGAUGCUACAGGUAGUUGUGUUGAGCGUGCCACGUCCAUUGAAUCAAGUAUAUUGGGGGCCACAUAUAUGGUCGGCUAUAAUUGUGGCUUAUGGAAUAGCUUUGACAAGCUUCGUAGACUACGUCAAAUUGAGCGCACUUUUAUGCCACGUCCCGAGUACUAUACAAGCAUUCGAAAACACAUAGUGAUUUGGUUGAAGGCGAUUGAACGCUUUAAAAAUUGUCUGCUAAGGAGUCGGUGGAAUCAGUCAGGCAUCGAAGUUGAAGCAUCAGAAAGCAUCGGUAGCUAAUACCGCCUGCGGGUUAGGGGCUCAAGAAUUUACCCGCGGCGACUAAAAUCCAAUAGUUCCCGCGACAGUCGGGUCUUUA